AUGCGCGUUGAUAACGUUGAUAUGGGCGAUACUAACGAUACGGAGCACCCCGCCCCUCCUGACGCAACCUCCAGUGGGGAGCCCUUUUUGGACUUUGACACAUUGGCCUUUGAUCCUGGUACACUUGAGUCCAACACAUAUGAAUCUGCUUUUGAGAAUGGAUUGGGAGGAAGUGAUUUUGAGUUCAAUUUUGACGAUUUAUGGUCUGCGGAUACGACCCAACUCCCUCUCACGGCAGAUAACACCGGUUUCGCACAGACCCAUCAGCUUCAAGACGACACCAGCUUGCAACAUGAUGGCUUACAGCGCGCAGGGACUGAUCAGCUCGAACUCAACUUCGGGGACCUCAUGAGAAAUGCUUCUGAAUCCCCAUCAACCAGAUCACCCAGCAUCCUUACCCCGCCAAUUCCCUCUCCACUGCCCCCAAAGAUUGGCCAUCGCUUCACCCUCGAUGCCAUCCGUUCAUUGAAGGACUGGUUCGCUCGAAACACCGAUAACCCCUAUCCAAAUGAAGAAGAAAAGAAUAUGCUGGAGCUCCAGACCGGCUUGACUCGAACUCAGAUUACAAAUUGGCUAGCAAAUGCUCGAAGACGGAGAACUACUACCGACAGCGGAACUCAGACGGCUUCAGGAAAGUCUGGCAAGGUUCCUUCCGAGUAUACACCAACACGAGCUGGUACACCAAUACCACGAAGACGAUCUGAGAAGGGGAUGCAUCCUUUGCAGAGAUGGGUUGAUUCACCGCCUGAGAAUGAACCGGCUGCUGUGUCUGCUAUUGCACGUGCGAUGGCUUCAGGUGCAUUAGUCACUUCCAAGAAGGCCUUACCGCCAUACUUGGUAGAAUUGGAACGUGGAACUCCAUUCCCUUUCGCGGCGAGUGGUAAACCGCCCGAUUCUCCUCGAAGUGCAUACGAGCUCAUCACGCUGGAGUUGGCAUAUUUUAUUUCGAAUCACACCGACAAUACUGGGAGUCUGCCAAGUCACGAUAGUCUACAACUGGAGGCAUGUCGCAUCAUGUUUGCUUCAGAAGUAACAUUUCCUGAAGCGAACCUGGACUCUCACGGGAGUCCAUCAUGGUUUAGAGACUUGCUUCUGUCCUCUGAUGAGAUUUCUCAACAAGCUCGCUUCGCACCAAUUCGAUCGAGUACAGAGAGUAGACUUUCUGUAUUAAGGGUCAAGGGCAAGAACUCGUUGUUUGAGGAAUGUCCCUUGGAGUCGCGACUGCAAGCGUUCAUGCGGGAUCGAAGAAUGAGGGGGCUUUCUGAGGUAUCGGAUGGAGAGCUACAAAAAGAGGCAGGUCGUAUUGUCAUGCAGAUGGAAAGCGAGCUUCAAACGAAACCGGAAUUCGUUGCGAACUGGUUGAUUGGUUUCCUGUAUAAAUCAACGAACUGGAUAAGCGACUUUCGGCGACGUGCAGACCUAAUGUCAACCGAUGACAGCUGGAAACUCCCAUCGCCAGGUAAUAUGGCAUGGUCUGCCGAGCCUACAAGUGCCCAGGUACAACAUGAUCUAUCUUGGGUGAACAACUCGUCUCUCUUUGACGGAAAUGACUGGUCUUUUGGAGGGCAAGCUGGGCCGUCGGGCGCAAGCAUGACCUGGCAAGCGAACGAACCAGCCAAUAACGCUGAUCAAUCCACGUUUGACCCAUCGCUCGAUGACUUUACAUGGCUUUGGUCAGACGAUAAAUCACCACCAAAAAUACCACAGACGACCCCGAGUCCCGGAGCCGAAGGGGAGUCAGGCCUCCGACCGACGUGGCUUGGUCCGGGUAUCUAUGUCUUGAAUGACCCGAACCAUCUCCCCUGGUUUGCGCGCGAGAUGAAGAGAUGGGUAAAGGCGGCCAUGUCACCGAAUAACCCAAUCUCUCAUGUUCCUUCUGAUGAGGAGCUCAGACAUCAAGCUCGAUGCCUGCUUUACAACGAGUAA